CCCGCAGAGACGUAAGACGUAAAGCUGGUGAAGGCGCAGCAAGGUAGACAACUUUCACAUACGUCGUUUAUCUUGGCGUCUCUUUGCUAUCGUAAAGACUUGGCAUUCCAUACCCUUAUACUGUUUCGAUCUUGGGAGAUCAAAAUGAACAACUCAUACUACGGUCAAGGACCACCAGGGCCACCAUAUCAACAGCCUCAUUCGCCUUACCCGCCACAGCAAGGCUAUCCGCCACCACAGCAAUCGUACGGACAGCCAGGUCAAGCGCCGCCGAUGAACCAAGGUUUCUACGGAGGGGGGCCACCUCAAGGCCCGCCUUUUCCGCCUCAAGGACCACCACCAAACCAUGGCUCUUACGGUCAGCCUCCGCCGAACCAAUGGAACCAACCUCCACCCGGCCAAUGGAACCAACAACCGCCUCCGAACCAGUACAACGCCCCUCCACCUCCUCAAAGCCAAGGUUACGGUGCACCCCAGCAGCAAUUCGGGUAUGGCGCUCCUGCCGCGCCUGCUCCGCCAUCACCCGGCUAUGUGCCCGGCCAGCAGUCGCAAAUGGACAUGUCUCAAGCGGCCCACGGACUACGGGCUGCAAUGAAAGGCUUCGGGACCGACGAGAAAGCGCUGAUCCGCAUACUGGGCCAGUUGGGCCCGCUUGAAAUCAACAGUGUAAAGUCUGCGUUUGCCAUCCAGCUCCACCGAGACCUGAUGAAAGACAUCCACUCGGAGACGUCCGGUAACUUCCGCGAGGGUCUUGAAGCUAUCGUCCGUGGACCGCUCGAUCAAGACUGCCAUGUUUUGUACGAAGCGAUCAAAGGCCUAGGAACCAAGGAAACGGCGCUCAACGACGUCCUGCUUUCCCGCAGCAACGCCGACAUCAACGCGAUCAAAACCCACUACCAACACACUUACCGUCGCACACUAGAAUCAGACGUCAAAGGCGACCUAAGCGCGAAAACGGAGCGACUCUUCGACAUGGUCAUGUCCGCGCGCCGCCAGGAAGAAUCCGCGCCCAUCGUCCCACAACAAAUCGAAGCGGACGUGGCGGAGCUCUACAAAGCGACCGAAGCACGCAUGGGUGCCGACCAACUAACCGUAUGCUCCAUCAUCUCCAGUCGCUCCAACGGCCAACUCCGCGCCAUCGCGCAGCAAUACCGGCAGAAGUACCAUCGCUCGCUGGAGGAGGUCAUACGCAAGGACUUUUCGGGUCAUAUGGAGGAUGCUUUGCUGUUUAUGGUGAGAGCGGCGGAGGAUCCGGCGAAGCAUGAUGCGGAUUUGUUGGAGGAUGCGAUGAGAGGGAUGGGGACGAAUGAUUCGGCGUUGAUUCGACGGAUUGUCAUGAUACAUUGGAAUCGGGAUCGCUUGCAGCAGUGUAAAGCUGCUUACAAGCAUUUCUACAAGCGCGAUUUGGCGGAGCGGAUCCGCAGUGAGACGAGAGGCGAUUACGAGAAGUUGAUGCUGGCAUGUAUCAGCGCGACUCCGCCAACGGGAGGGUAUUAGCUGACUGCGUUGCU